GGAUGCUUUCCUUAACCUUUCCACUCAUUACAUGUGCUUGUGAUGUACCAGUCAACCACUGGGUGUCUCUGGGCCAUGCACAGCUCCAGGCAGCAUCUAGUCCCUGGAAAGCUGGCACUGGUUACAUUUGUUUUGGUUUGUGGCUGCAGUUUUGUUCUUAUUUUGAAGGGCAUCAUGUUCCUUUCUAGGCUGUCCACCCAGAAUGUGUCUUCCCCACCCCUGACCGUGGAGCGGGAUGCACGCUGUGCUAAGGCAGCACCCUGGAUUGCCAGUAGCUCCUGUUCAGAGGCCAGCAAAUUCUCCAGCCUGAUUUUGCUCUAUUGCUGUUUCUGAACACCAUACCUCUUAUUGCACUGGGCUGUGUGGAUGUCUAGAAGAGGAGAAUGUCAGCACAGCAGCUUUGCUACCUUUCCCUUUUCCCCUUAGAUGUGACAAGUUUACUCUUGCAUGCACACCCAAGUAGAUAAAUAAUCUGUCUCUCAAUAGGGCUCUGCUAGCCACAGUAUUUUCUUCAAUUCCAUGGAACGAAUUAGUCUUUCAUUAUGAUGCUGAAAGGUAAAAGACAGGCUAUUCUCUACUUUAAGAAUGCAGGGGUAGAAGGUAAAGCUUUCAUUAAACAUGCCUGGCAGAAUUUAUAUACAUAAGUAUCUGGACUGUAGCUAAUAUCUUUUGAAAGACAAGGGAAGAACACAGCUUUGUAAUAGCCAGCAUUUUGUGUUUGGAUGGUUAAUCAGCAGUACAGAAAAAUAAUUGAAUUAAUUUUCACAGACUUAGUGCAGGAAAAAAAUUCCAAAAUAUUAAUUUUGGAAUAAUUACAGUCUGUUGCUGUAGGGUAGUUCUUCUCUUUUUUCCAUCUUUGAGCCAUCUAGGGUUGACAUCUCUGUCGUUUGCAGGUGAUGGUAUCCAUGUUGCAGCUUUCAUUGCCGAUGAAACAGCUGACCUGUACCUGGAGCUCUUUGCUGCUGACUUGGCUUUGAGUUGGUACCUCUUGGUACCUUUUGAGUUGGUACCUGGUUAUGCUGAAUGGUGCGUUGUCAUUAAAUAGAUAAAUUCACCAGCAGCGGGAGGCGUUGUUUGGUUCCAGCACUUGCUUACGUGCUCUUUGCCUAAACGGUGGGAUAGGUUUUUGCUGCUCUCAGUCUGGGAUUUGAGCCUACUUGAGGUGGGUAUUGGUAAGUUUUGGGGGUGGUCAGGGUGUUACUCAGUCCUUUGCUGCGGGAUGUCUGGCAGAACAAGUGCUGGACCUGGGAUUAACUGAUUUUUUGGAUUUCGAGCAGUCAUUGAAGUAAGAUGAGCAAAGGUGUAUAUGUUGUGUUCAAGACUGAAUAAUAGGACUAUUUUUUUUUCUGAAUUGGUUUGAUGGCAGUACUCAAGUACUGCAGUGGAUAGAAGAAACACACUGCACAUAAGCUGCUGGUAAUAACUUGCUAUAGCAUUCAGAGCAGCAUGCUUUACAGUUGUAUGGGAGCUGAAUGUUCUAACUGUACAGACAUAAAAUAAUUCUGGUUGGCUGCUUGUGUACAGGGCUUAGCCUUGCAGCAGCAUGAACUAGAGCUCUGUCCAUAAAUUAAGCACUUAGUUGCCGAAGAUUCAUUACCACCUUGGUUACAAGCUGCUGUGUAGAGACAGACCUAGUGUUUGGCUUGGAUAAACACCCCAUUUCUGGAUAUGUGAGAGGGAUGGUUCUGUGAUUGCCCAGAUCAUUUGGAUUUAGGAUAGUGGUUCCCAGUCUGUGGCAGAAGACCAGGAGCUGGGAAUCAGGAUAGUGCUGUAGUUUCCAUAGUAUGGAGUCAAAAGAGGAUGUCUGACCAAAUAGGAUGGGUUACCCAGGACUUUUGGAACAGUCAGGGUUGAAAACCAUAAAUCCAGUAUUUGAAUUGCAAUUAAAAAAAAUGUUUAUAAAUCUGCCCCUUGUCUUGCCUUGGAAAUUCUCAAUCCUCAACCACGUGCAGGCACAAAUAUGAGUUACAGAUCUGACACUGGUUUCUGUUUGUUCCUCCUCCAUUUUCAGUCUGUAGAAGUUAUUCACUUCCAUGGAGGCAGAAGCUUGUGUUUUAUUGGCACCAAUCCAUGUGGCUGUGUGCAGCUGUAUUUGGGAGUGAAGGGUCAUGCUGCUGUAUUUUCCUGUUACCAGUGUGUUUCAAAGAAAGGACCAACUUGCUUUUGGAAGGUGCUAUAUAAACUUUUUUGUUUAAGUAGUUGAAAUUGCCAGAUAAUGAGAGAGAAUGUUUGUCAUAAAAACAAAACAUCCCUUGUAUCACUUGCCAGACACAUGGUAACGGAGGAGCUGAAUGGAACAGGUCCACAUGGAUGUAACAUGGAUAAACUGCUGUUGCUGAGGCCGUGAAAAAAGGGGAGCUGGGCAGAACUUUUCAAAGAACAGAAAGUAAAUAUCCUGUAUCAUUUAUGCUUCUGUAAUCUGGAUCUCUAUUCAGCAAAGUACUGACAAAUUCCUGUUCAGCUAAGCGUUCAGAGGUACAUUUCCAAAGGUUUUCAAGUCUAUGAAGGCACUGAGAGCAGCACUUCAAAGGACUUUCAAAGUGUAUUUGUUCUAGAUACCUUGUACCUAAAAGGUCCAUGGAGAAUUUCCUCCUUAGUCCUUGUUAGUCCUUUUCCUUGGCUCUGAGAUCUGUCUUGCAUGGGUCUGCCUUCGCCAAGGCAGAGCAGCAUGUGCCAAAGAAUUUCUCUGAAGUGAGGCCUUUAUGAUAUCACAGAUCAAAAAAAAGGAGCGAUGGGGAGCAGAACCAGCCUGAACAGGGUUGUUAGUAGGCCAAGCACACAGGUAAGACAGGAUGCCGAGCCCAGUGCUCCUGGGGUGGGACUGCCCACAUGGGCAGCAGCUCAGGAGCUUGCACUGGGCUGCUGGGACUGCUUUGCUUCGUGCAGACAUUCUGUGUGAAAUACACUGCAGAGAUCUGAAGGUGUCACAGCCAUUAACUAAGUGGGAACUUGAAUGACAAAACGCUCCCGUUACGCUGCUUAGGCUUGGCAGAAGGAGAGGUGUCGGGGCGCUGCUGCUGCUGCUGUGCGCUUCGGAGCUGUGGGAGUUUGUGACAGAGCGGAGCAGGUGGGAACACUCCAGAUCAUGACUAAGAGACGUCCCGGCUGAUGAAAGAGUGCUGUUUGGUUCCUUUCCCUUCAAUGUUUUCUUCCAAAUAUUAUUUGCCUCCAUUAUGUAUUUUUCUCUCUUAUUUACAGUUACUGAUGGCUUGCAGUUUUGUCAGCCUAUUCUUGCUGCGGGCAUGGAAAGAAGGGAAAUACUCUUUGCUCUGUUGGUUAUCAGAGACCCUGUUUGCUGACUGUUCCUCAAGGCACUGGAUCAGGGUAUUUGGAACAGCUGGCACAAGUAAUUAAGAAUAGAAGCUCCUUCAUUACACCUGCAAUUGGGAUUUCCCACUGCCUCUCAAAGUGGCAUCACUGAAGGGGCCAGCUGUUACUGCUGUGGGAGAUCAAGAGCUCCUUCCAAUUGCAUCUUCUGUCACCUGCAAAACCCCAGUUACAGUCCCCAGUGUGCUGGCUGCAGAGAGGCCACUUUGUCAACUGGGAUCACAUCAAGUGCUCUGAGCUCCCAUUCCUCCAUCAGAACUGAAGAGGUGCAGCAUGGCUCACAACUGCCUGCAGUGUAUCAAGUACCUAAUGUUUGUUUUCAACCUUCUCUUCUGGUUGGGAGGCUGUGGAAUCCUUGGUGUGGGCAUCUGGCUGGCUGUUACCCAAGGGAACUUUGCCACCCUGUCCUCUUCCUUCCCAUCCCUGUCAGCUGCCAACCUGCUGAUCGUCACAGGGACGUUUGUCAUGAUCAUUGGCUUCGUGGGCUGCAUAGGUGCCAUCAAAGAAAACAAGUGCCUCCUGCUGAGUUUUUUUAUCAUGCUGUUAAUUAUAUUUCUGUUGGAGCUCACUGUUGUGAUUCUGUUCUUCGUCUACACCGACAAGAUUGACAAGUAUGCUCAGCGGGAUCUGAAGAAAGGACUUCACUUGUAUGGGACAGAUGGAAAUAUUGGCCUCACUAAUGCAUGGAGCAUCAUUCAAACAGAUUUCAGAUGCUGUGGAGUCUCCAACUACACGGACUGGUUCGAAGUGUACAACACAACCCGGGUGCCAGACUCCUGCUGCUUGGAAUUCAGCGAGAACUGUGGGCUCCAUUCCCCAGGGACCUGGUGGAAAGCGCCUUGCUAUGAAACUGUGAAAGUAUGGCUCCAGGAGAACUUACUGGCAGUGGGAAUCUUUGGAUUGUGCACAGCUAUGGUGCAGAUUCUCGGACUCACCUUUGCAAUGACCAUGUAUUGUCAGGUAGUCAAGGCAGACACCUACUGUGCAUAGAUACCAUUCCCAAUCUUCCUGCUUCUCCUCCAAAGGACACAGGAGAAAUCUCCUUCAUGCUCAUUCAUCUGACCUUUCCCCCCACUUUGUACUAUAAACUGUGUAUAAUGCUAUCUUUCUGAAGAUUUUGUGAAUCACCCCACUUUACUGAAGGAGGAAGAAAAGAAAAAGUCAGUACUUGAACUGGCACAGGUAAAAAGCAGCCUUGUCUUUAAGCAGAGGAAAACCAAAAAAAAGCAAUGGUUCUUUUUCCAUGGCCUGUGGCAAGGCAAGAGAGGCUGCUUACAAGGGACUGACUGCAAAUCCAUGUUAGGAAAAGAUGGCACUGAGGCAACCUCUGCAAAAGCUGCCAGGCUGCCCUCCCGCAUUUCCCAGUCUGGAAGAGAGGACGUAGAAAACAAAUGUUCUUCAGCAAGAAGGUACAGAGUAGCUAGGACUGAAUGCAAUUGUAAUUUUACUACAGUUUGCACACAGCUAAAAUGUCAAGAUCAAGCAGCCCUGCCUCCAAGUGUCUCAAGAUGAUUUUGUAGCCAGGAGAGGAUCAUCUUCAGAAGUGCAUUGUUUUAAAGGAGUAUUUUUAAUCUUACGUGCCGCAGAGUCAGGCUUUUAAUCAAAAUCUGUACAGCGAGAUCCUGGCUGUUAAUGGAAAACAAUAUUGGACAUUGCCUCACUUCCUAAUUGCCAGUGGCAUAUAGAUGGUUGACUGCAUAUGUUAUAUAUAUUACAUUCAUAAACACAUACUUUUCUGAAAGGAGGUGAAAAUACCCAGCAUCUAACCUCAGAAAGAGGAAACCUUUCUAUCCUAUUUUACAUUCCAACUGAAAUAACCAAGUAUUAUUUCUUGUACAAGGCACUAUCACUUAUACCUCUGGGAAACAAGUAAUUACUUUCAGCUGUAUCUUCAUUUCAGUAAACAACUUGUGAGUGGGCUCUCUGUCAGUCUACUAUGGUUUUAUUUAUCAUCCCUGUUUCAAGUAAGUCUGCCAAAAAAUAUCACUCAUUUCCAUGCUUGAAGAUGUGUGCAAAACUGUCAGCUGUUCCUUCCCUGAAUGUCACCAUUUCAUUAAUUUACUUUGGGAUAACAUCAUCUGCAGGUAUGAUAGAGUUUGCCUUGCUGAGGAAAAAUCUUUCACACAUUGCUCAUUUUUCUGAGAGUUAUUAAGACUUCAGAUGCUUUUAUGCUUACCUUUUUUUUUUUUCCUCCCAGCUGCACGCUGACAACAGCCAAGACACAUCAGUCUCUGUUAGAACUGGAGUCACUUCUCAGUGCUCUAUUUCAGAUUCAUGUUCCUUCAUCUAGCUGCUGGCUAGAAUAUAAUCCACACUUUCUAGAAUAUCAUGGAAUCACAGAAAUAUGCAGAAAUCAAAACCAUUACUUUCCUUAACAGGGGAACAGCCACUCAUUGAUAACUGAAGUAAUUGAUGUAGUACCCUCCUAUGCACAUCUUCUGGUGAUGAGGUUAAAAAUCAGAUGUGUCCUAUUGUUCAAACAAAUAAUUCUCUGCCAGCAAACAGCUCCAGGUAGUGCAUGUGUGCCAGGGAGAAGCUGAAGCACCCCAGGGAAAGGACACAGCAGGGAACAGGCAAACAGAGAAAUGCAAAUGGCCUGCUCCCUUCAGCCAACGUUUGAGGAGCUCUCAGCCACUGUCAGAGCAGAGAGCUGACCCUGGAGCUGUGUUUCCCCAGGAAGCUGAGUGCAGCCAUUCCUGCAGACUGGAAGCAUGCAUCGAGCUCCUAGAGAAAGUUACCUUGCUUACAACAGCAGGACUCAGCUCUGAGUGACAUUUUGUGUGCUUUGAUUUAAAGGCAAUUUCCAGCACAAAGCUGGACUUGCCAGCCCACAGCCUAUCGAACCAUCUCCUUUACAUCCAUAACUAAGCCUUUUCUGGACCUGAAUUAUUUGACAGAUUCAAUCUCACUCAUCCGAUUUGGGAGGUUUUUUUGUCUCUGCUGAUUUCCUGUAGUCUUCUCACUCUCAGGUAUGAGCUACUCCAUAUUUCCUGGGAAAUUGCUUAGGACAGUCUGGUGUUUAAAAGAGCAAUUAUUUUCCUAAAUUUUACCCCCAUGGGGCAUUUAGCUGUGCAGGCUAAGGUGAAAGUAAUGUAUUACUUGUGUGCAUUUUAUGUGGCUUCCCAAUCACUAUCACAGCAACCUGCCCACCCCUAAAGGAUUUUACUGUCAUGCAAACAAGCUGAGCAAGUAGCCCACAAGCAGGUGCCCUGUACCCUAAAGCAAGAGGCUCACUCGUGUUGCAGUCACCACAGUCUCCCUGCUCUCUGCUUCUUGAGCCCAGGCUGACCUGCAGACUGUCCUGCUCUGCAAAAGAUGGUGUAAGUUGGUUCCUUCCCUCUCUCUACUCUGUUCUUUUCUUAACCUGCACAGAUACAAUUCCAGGUUAGCUGUACCAUUAGUUUUUGCCUUGGUUUAUAGUUUGUACACAGGGAUGCUUCUGCUGACAACUCUUGAGUUUCCAACACUGAAAAGCAGCAUGACACAGUGAUGAAUACAUUCAUAAAACAUUGAUUUUUUUGAGACAGAUAAAAGGUAGACAAGUCUAUUUGUAGUGAUCCCUGCCAUUAAAAAUUAACACAAAGACAGCAGGCUGAUGAUGGUUUGGUUGAUGGGAGCAAACCAUUGUGCAGAACUCCCACAGAGAGCAACUCUUAUCAAUUUGCUUGAUUGUGGUGUAGGGAAAA